CUGCUCUUUUGUCUUCAUUGUCUUUUCAGCUUAAAGAAGUUAGGAUUAAAGUUGGGCACCAGAUAGAGUUGUGAGGAUGGGACACUCUCGGAUUUUCCUAUUAUUGUUAUUUAUCUCAGUCAUAAGUGGAUACGCUGAUGAUAAACUCUCUGUGUCUAUAUCAUGGGUGAAUCCCGGAGACUCUGUGACUCUGAGCUGUGAGGUUGAACAUCCACCUACAGGAACAAAGUUCUUCUGGUAUAAAGCUGUCCCCAAACUAUCAGCACACUUCUACACCUAUGAGCUGCUGCCUGGCAGCUCCAAUGGGACUGAUGAUAAUUUCUACAUUAUCCAUGGACAGAAUAACACAACAGGAUAUGUGUGUGAAGCAGGAAGAAGAGAAGUAAAAUAUAGACAUCCAACUUUUGUCUGGUCUGCAGAUCGUCAUCCAACAGCGUCUCUCUCAGUGAGUCCUGACAGAGUUCAACACUUCAGAUCUGACUCUGUGUCUCUAAGAUGUGAGGGAAACUCUGCUGAAUGGAGAGUGAGGAGGAUUACAGAAACAGGCCACGUGUUAGAGUGCUCCGUCAUGAAUGGAUCCUCAUGUACCAUGAAGGGGAUCUUUUGUUAUGAUGGAGUGUACUGGUGUGAGUCUGAAACAGGAGAGUUCAGCAAUGCUGUUAACAUCACUGUACAGUAUUUUCCUUAUGACAAUCCUAUCCUGGUGAGCCCCGUCCAUCCUGUGACUGAGGGAGAUCCUGUUACUCUGAGCUGCAGAGAUAAAGAACAAAAACUUCUCUCCAAUGUGUUUUUCUAUCACAAUAACAAACUGAUCCACAAUGACGGCAGAGAGGAGCUGAAGAUCUCUGCAGUGUCAAAGUCAGAUGAAGGUUUCUACAAGUGUGAACAUUCAGGAAAGGAGUCACCACAGAGCUGGAUGGCUGUUAGAGCAAAUGUUUCCACUCCGGUCAGCUCUUUCUUCCAUGUGCUGCUGAUCAUUGGAUCAGUUAUUGGACCAGUUAUUCUUCUCAUUAUUCUCCUGCUAUUAUUGUGGCGCUGCAGAUGCUCAAAAGCACCAGGUAAUUCUGGUCCCUCUGACUCAGCCAAAUCCCCUGAUUACACUGGACAUGCUGCAGAUGAUUCCACAGAUGUUACAUAUUGUCUCGUUGAAUUGAAAAACAAUGACAAAAAGAGUAGGCCUCAUAACCCAGGGGACUGUACUGUUUACUCUCAAGUGAAAACAGAAGCAACAGAAAGGAGGAGCCCUGCAGCAGCAGAUGCUUUAUAUUCUGAAAUCAGUUCGGAAGCACCACUGGAUGAUGUUGCUGCGUAAGCUGCGUGCUGUGUCCUUUUGACGGUUACCCCAAGAUAAUUUGAACCAAAUAUUCACCUUCUUCAACUUUGAAAACCAUCAAUAUUUCAUGUGCUUUUGUUUUUUAUGAGACUAAGCAUGCCUUUAAAUGCAAUAUCAGGCUUUUUUUUUUGUGUUGGUGUGUAUAUUUUGUUGUAUAAUUUGAAGUAGCUUCUUUUUGGGACUUCUGAAUCUCUCUUUAAUAUUUUAUAUUGUUAGAUUUAAAUGUAUUAUGUUAUAACAUACAGUAACCAAACAAAAAAGUGAAAUAUUAUAUUUAUAAGAGAUUUUGCUCUCAUUUAAAUUUUCUGUUGUUUAGAACAUGCCAUUUAGAUCAGUCUUUGAGCAGUGAGGUGCUUGCAAUGCUUCUAUUUGCUGGUCACAUUAAAUAGAGAUUUAAUUAAAUUAUACAUAUUACUGUAACGUAUUUAAAGAUGCUUUAAAGAUGAAAGACUAUUGUUUUCAUU